AUGUCAACUGCUUUAACCAAACAAAUUGACCUUCGAGUCCGUUCGGGGGGCGUCGUGAGAGCAGAUGAUCCUUCAGGCGACUCCACAUCAGAUGGGUCCUCGACUGAUCUCAGUGACGAUAAAACCGAUGGAAAGACUCCACGGGCCAAGACCACCGAAGUCGGUACGACAAUUGCGCCCCUUGGAGUCCCUGCAAAUGAGAAAAGAUUUUGGUGGCAGCGUCGGAAAUCCUAUGAUACUGGUGCUAUUGCGACUCAACCAUCAGUUUUUGACGAUCCUGAUUCCGCCAAACAGUACCAGCCACCGGCCACUUGGGAAAAUAUUUCUCGAUUCGACCCUUCCGCGCGAUGGACCUGGGGGGAGGAGCAUAAACUGAUUAGGAAGAUUGACUUAAAAAUCAUGAUUUGGGCUUGUGUCAUGUUCAUGGCUCUUGAGCUUGACCGUGCAAACAUCAAGCAAGCCUUAACUGAUAACUUUCUGAAAGACCUUCACAUGAACACAAAUGAUUAUAACCUCGGAAAUUCCGUCUUCAAACUCUCGUUCUUAUGCGCUGAGCUGCCGUCUCAGCUUGUCUCGAAAUGGAUCGGACCAGAUCGAUGGAUACCGGCCCAAAUGGUUAUUUGGUCCAUCGUCGCCGCUGCCCAAUUUUGGUUGAGCGGCCGAACAAGCUUCUUGACCUGCAGGGCUUUACUUGGAAUAAUUCAGGGUGGUUUUAUUCCAGACAUUAUCCUAUACCUUUCAUACUUCUAUAAGCAUCACGAACUUACUAUCCGACUCGGGUUUUUCUGGACUGCCUAUUCGAUAGCGGAUAUAAUAGCUGCAUUUUUGGCCUCCGGACUGCUUCGUUUAAGAGGUGUAUACAGCUACGCUGGCUGGCGCUGGAUGUUCUUGAUCGAGGGGUUAUUAACCAUGGUGGUCGGCCUUUUUUCCUUUGUCCUCAUGCCACCAAGUCCGACGCAGACUGCAAGUAAGCUUCGAGGAAAGAAAGGCUGGUUUACUGAGCGAGAAGAAAUUAUAAUGGUCAACCGUAUAAUCCGAGAAGAUCCAAACAAGGGCAGCAUGCAUAACAGGCAGCCUAUCACGCCAAAGCUUCUCUGGAAAAGCAUGUGCGAUUAUGACCUCUGGCCACUUUAUAUUCUGGGCCUCACAUUUCAGAUCCCAGAGACAACACCCGCCGAUUAUUUGACCCUAACUCUCAAAGGUCUCGGCUUCGACACCUUGAAGACGAAUCUACUUGUUAUUCCAUCAGUAAUCGGCAAAAUAAUCACCAUGCUGAUUCUCACGUACUCUGCAGAGAUAUUUGGCGAGCUGACUUUCCAUGCCGCUGCCUCCCAGGUCUGGGCUUUGCCAGCCCUUGUUUUCCUCUACGUCGUGGAUAUAAACAAGAUCAACAAAUGGAACGCUUUCGGCCUUAUGACUUUCCUCCUCAGCUACCCCUCAGCCCACCCCAUCCAGGUCGCCUGGAACUCGCGCAACUCAAAUGGAGUACGCUCCCGCACCGUUUCUGCCGCCCUCUACAACAUGUUUGUGCAAGCUUGUGGGGUCAUAGCCUCGAAUAUAUAUCGCGCUGAUGAUGCCCCGCGCUACAAACGGGGCAAUGGCGUCUUGCUAGCUAUUUGUAUUAUGAACAUGGGACUUUAUGCUUUGACGAAGGGUUACUACAUUUGGAGGAAUAAGUCCAGGGAUAAGAAGUGGAAUUCUAUGACCGAGGACGAACGAUUGAAUUAUCUUGCUACAACGAAGGAGGAGGGAAAUAAAAGAUUAGACUUCAGGUUUGCGCAUUAG